AUUUAGGCAUUGAAUUGAAGAUCCAAAAGUUUUCGCCAUCCCCAAUUUCCCACUCCGACGACUCCAAAUCCAAAUCUCACAGAAACAGAAGCAGAAGCAGCAGCAGAAGAAGAACAACAACAAGAAGAAGGAGAGAGAAGAACACGCAGACAUAACAGAAGAAGAAACAGCGCGAGAUUUUAGAGAGAGAGAGAGAGAGCGCUUAAUCUGAGGCAUUAAUGGCGGAAGCGAAGGAAGAGAGCAAAUCUAGCGAGGAGAGUGUGAAGCUGUUCGUAGGUCAAGUUCCGAAGCACAUGACGGAAUCGGAACUGCUGGCAAUGUUCAAGGAGUUCGCGUUGGUCGACGAGGUCAACAUCAUCAAGGACAAAGCCACGCGCUCCUCUCGAGGUUGUUGCUUCGUGAUUUGUCCGUCGAGGGAAGAGGCUGAUAAGGCCGUCAAUGCGUGUCACAAUAAGAAAACGCUGCCAGGGGCUUCUAGUCCAUUGCAAGUAAAGUAUGCUGAUGGCGAGUUGGAAAGAUUAGAACACAAACUCUUCAUCGGAAUGCUUCCAAAGAAUGUUUCUGAAGUUGAGGUCUCUGCACUUUUCUCCAAGUUCGGAACUAUAAAAGAUUUACAAAUUUUAAGAGGUUCUCAGCAAACAAGUAAAGGCUGUGCAUUUUUGAAGUAUGAAACCAAAGAACAAGCCCUUGCUGCUUUAGAGGCAAUCAAUGGAAAGCAUAAAAUGGAGUAUUUUGGACCUUCAAGCGGCAUUCAGCCACAAAAUCCAGGUGGUGAGAGACAUGAACAUUUAACCAUGUGCCUUGGAUUCAAUGGUUCGAGUGUUCCUUUGGUAGUCAAAUGGGCUGAUACUGAAAAGGAAAGACAAGCCCGACGAGCUCAGAGAGCACAGUCCCAAGCUUCCAAUGCGCCACAUGCUGAUUCUCAGCACCCAUCAUUGUUUGGAGCCUUGCCAAUGGGUUAUGUUCCUCCGUAUAAUGGAUACGGUUACCAGGCUCCUGGAGGUUAUGGGAUCAUGCCAUACCGGAUGCCACCGAUGCAGAAUCAACCUGGUUACCAUAACAUGAUGCCGCACAUGAAUCAAGCAAAUGCACUACGGCCCGAACUUGGCCCCAAUAUGAACCCAAGGAAUUAUCAUGUGCCUCCUGCAAGUUAUGUUGGCUCUUAUCCUGCUGUUCCAGGCCUACAACAUCCAAUCGCAUACGCAGGAGGCAUGAUUAGUCCAAGGCCUAUGAGUAGUUCUCCUGGUUCUAUUUCACCUGCAGGUGGUAAUGGCAACUCUGGUACAUCAUCUUCAAGUGCUAGCAAGAGUUCUGGGGGUCAAGUUGAAGGGUUUGUUAGUUAUGAUUCCCCAGAAGCUGCUCAAUCAGCCAUUAGUAUGAUGAAUGGGUGCCAAUUAGGAGGUAAGAAAUUAAAGGUCCAGCUUAAGAGGGACAACAAGCAGAGUAAGCCUUACUGAUGAAGCUUAACAAUGGAAUUUUGUAUAAUUCACGUUGUAAUUCAUGACCCAUCUGAUGUUUAUACAAUUUGUAAUUUCUGUAACAUGAAAUUUCAUUUAGACAUUGAUUAUUAAUUUAUUGAUUUUUCCCCCCAAGAAUGGCUAUUGAUUGUAUUGUCUUCUGUAGUUUCAUCCAGGAUAAGAGGACUCUUUUCCUUUGGCUCUCUGCGUCCUGCGGCAACAACAACGUUUUCUUUUUUUCCUCUGUUUUCGUUUACUUUUCUUGUUUCUCACAGGUUGAGGUAGUGAGGCGAAUAUUGUUUGCACCAGCCGCUAUCUAUUGUUUAGCCUUUUGGCCAAUUGUCAGCAGCACCAUGGAAAUUAUGUGGCACCUAAAAAAUGGCCCUUUACACACAGCAAUUAAUAUAAAAUAAUACUGUGACAAAGCAUAACAUAUA